GUUCGGCGGCAGCUGUCACUGAAAGGCGAACGAAGGAUUUUGUUUUCCGUUUUUGCUUUUUCACUUGCUUGUGAUUAUUGAUAAAUAAAUACAACAAUAUAAACUAUGAAUAUUCCUUUCCCAGUGUUAACUCCUCGUUUAGUUGAUUCUAAGUGGUUUAGUGCUGACAGCCCUGUUGAUGAGGAAGCUGAAUUAACAGCUCUAGAGCAAGCGAACCAACAUUGGUUGAGUUCCAUUGGCCAACAAUACAUGAAAAGAACUCCACUCGGAAAAGCUGAUCCAGAACCUAUGGAAGAAGAAGCUGAUAGUGAUGAGGAAGAAGGAAAUGAUGAAUCAGAUGAGUCUGAAGAAUCUCAUGACGAAGAUGAAGAUGAAGAAUUAAGGACAUCUUAUUCACCAGCCAGGAACAACAAUGAAUUAGAACCAGACAGCCUCGAUGAUCUCAAUGAUGCUCCAGAGUUGAAUACAUCUGACCAAAGCGCACUAUAUUAGAAAUAAACUUAUUCGAAAAAAAAUA